AUGAGGAGUACGGCAAUACUAUUGCUGACGAUUCUGCUUGUGUUGAGGAUAUGUGAUUCCCAAAACAUCGAAGUCUCCCGAGAACGCGUUCCAGAAGCAAUCCGCUACGCUGAACCAUCCACAGCUGGACCAAACGUCGAGCAACACGAAUUCGUUCCAUUAUCUCCAGUAAAAAGACGGGCGGCUCGAGCAGCUCCGAUUCCAAAGAAACGAGAUGCAAUUGUAAAAGAGGUGGAAGAAGAGGAGGACAUUGAUCCAGCCACUGCCACGAUUCCAAGCGACGUCGAGGUUCAGAAAGAUACGGUGGACCAUCAAUAUUAUGAAGCAGAAACCCAUAUUGGAAAUGAGGAAAUGGUCAAUAAGUACUGGGUGAAUGUGGAGCAGCUUAUGAAGAAACCAGGAACUAUCGGAAAUAUGAGUCAUCCGUUGCUGAGUCAGAGCUACAGAAGAGCAGUGGGCGCCCGUCUCCAAUUCAAAUUCCCAUUCUACGGACACAAAAUGGCGAAUCUCACAAUUGCCACAGGCGGAUUCAUCUACAUUGGAGACCAUACUCAUAACUGGUUGGCAGCUACACAAUACAUUGCUCCACUGAUGGCAAACUUUCAUACCUAUUUGAAUACUUCAAAUAUUGUGUAUGCUGAUGACGGAGAGACAUUUGUAGUCGAGUGGAGAGAUGUGCAAUUGAAGGAAGAUAAGGAUAAGAGUAAGUCUGAAAUAUCUUACAUUCGCAACUCUGAAAUUUUCUUAGAUUCUGCCGCCUUCUCCUUCCAAACCAUCCUGCACAAAAACGGAGACAUUGUCUUCCUCUACAAGACUGUGCCCUACAACAUCUCUCUCAUCUCAAGUGCCAAUCAUCCAGUGAAGCUAGGGAUCUCAGAUGCUUAUAUGUUUAAGCAUAAUAUGCAUCAGUCAGCUACGCCAAAGAGAGUCAUCUAUGAAUAUCAUAGAAUCGAGCUGGACGCUAGCAAAAUUGUGUCAAAUACAGUGGUUAUAUUAAAGGCACAACCAACCUGCAUCGGAUUCGAAACCUGCGACACCUGCACCAACGCCACCCUCCCACACUUCAAAUGCCUUUGGUGUCAUUCCAAGAAAACCCACGGUGGCCCAUUCUGCACCGAUGAAGCCGGUCUCCACCGCCGCCGUCAACAGUGGUUCGAAGGAAAUUGCUACAAGAGAAGCAAAGGUCUCUACUGCCAAACGGACGACGAAGAUGAGAUUUAUGAUGAGGAGGAGUAUAAGAACUUGAAACCGCUGGAUCCAAUUGUUCGUUUUGCGUUCGAGGAUCACGAAAGAGAGAUGAAGCAGAGGGCCGAGGAAGAGAAGAGGAGGAAGGAAGAGAGUUUGAAAGCGGCAGUGGAGCCAGAAUCUAGAGGAGGUGUUGCCACAUUGACGAUGAUAGUAUGCUUCUUGUUGGUAGUGGUUGCUUGGCUGGCAUAUGCCUAUUAUUAUCCACAUACGACAAGUGGACAGUUGCUAAUCAAGUACCGCCCAUCUCGCUGGUCCAUUCCAAACAGUCAUGUUCGCUACAGUGCGUCGGUUCACAUGUAA